UACACAAAUAUUUUUAUCAUUCCGAAGUGGGUUAUUUUGGACCAUCUAUACAUAAUUAUCUCUGUAAAUUUAAUUAAAUACAUCCCGUUUGAUAUAAAUCUAUAGAUUAAUGAAUUUUUGUUGACGAUUCUACUGAACAAACAGAAGCCGACAGAAUCGUUCGGUUAAAAUAAUCAGAAGCCAGUGAAAAAAAUCACUAACUACGUAUUUGGAAAUUUAUACAUACAUUUUGAGCGUUGCAAUCAUUCAAUUUAUUUGAAACUUUGCAUUUAUUAACUAGCAUUCUUUGAAUAAAAACAUUUGACAGUACAUAGCGAUCAGUGACAUUAUUAACUAUGCGCCAUAACCUUUUAAGGUUUCAUAUAUUUCUGACACUGUUUUUGUGAUAGGUAUACAAAAAUGGCAGGCAGGUAGGUAGGCAUAGACUUUGUUAUACCCCUAGUAAUGCUGACAUCCGCCGUGAGCACUCAACACCAAGUGAUGCUCAUCGGUCUUCUAAUGUAAUAAAAUGAAUAACAAAUUAAACUGAAAAAUAAGGAUAGAAAAGUUAUUAGAUUUAUAUUUCAAUCAACGUCAAGAAAUCAUCAAACGCCUCUAAAAACUUCACGGAACCAUCUACUACAACAAAAAUCACACUUCACAUAUGAUAAAUUAUUAUCUUAUUAGCGUUCGCCAAACAGAACUUUUAUUAUGAUUAUGAUAUUAGUUUCACUGGUCGUCGAAGAAUGCAGUGGGCAACGGAAAUGUGCAAAAUCCAUUUAAUAGUGAUACUAAUGGUUUGCGACCUGAUUAAAUCAUCAUCCAACAGUCAAUUGUUUGAUCAAAAUGUGUGUGACAGAAUACAAACCGAUGAAUUCAAUGAUCCAUAUAGUGCUCACGCGAGUGAAUCUAAGCAAUGCAUUUCAACAGAUUCCGUAUUCAGUGACGGAGUUUUAGUGGCUGAUUUUCUCAUUGAUUCGACUUCUGAUGAUGAUUUGGUGUCGCUACUGAUUUUCGAAGUGGGACACGAAGAAUUGCCUGUGCACAGAGUUGACGUAGGUCCAUCCAAAACUUGGUCUUACAAUGGACCCUACACUAUAAAAAUUUUAAUAAAUGGAACUGGUCCUCCAAGAUCUUUCCGGGCUGCUUUGGUGGGAAGUGUUUCAAGAAAUUCAACGCUAAAAAUUAAUAAUCUAAAAUUAGUUCCUGUUGUAGGGACUAGUCGUAAAUUGAAUAACUUGAGUAUUAGAUUUCAUAAUUUGCUACGGAUACUAUCUGAAAAUGAUAGAAAAAAUAAAUCAUCACUGAUUUUUUUCUCUAUUUCUGUCAAUAAAGGAAAAAAUACACUGAUAAGAGAGGUUAUCGAGAAAGCUAUUAUACCGAUGGCACUACUCCCAGGCCCCAUUUUUUCUGAAAUUACCACUGACGACCUGACUACUACGAUUGUAACUAUUCCAUUUCCCACUGUCACUGAUAUUACCACUGAAAAACCGAGUACUCCAAUCAUAACUGUUCAACUCCCCACCGUCACCGAAAUUACUACUGAAGACCCGACUACUCCCAUCAUAACUGUUCCACUCCCCACUGUCACCGAAAUUACUACUGAAGAUCCGGCUACUCCCAUCGUGACUGUUCCAUUUCCCACUAUCACUGAAAUUACUACUGAAGACCCGACUACUCCCAUCGUAACUGUUCCAUUCCCCACUGUCACCGAAAUUACUACUGAAGACCCGACUACUCCCAUUGUAACUGUUCCAUUCCCCACUGUCACCGAAAUUACUGAAAUUAAUACUGAAGACCCGACUACUCCCAUCGUAACCGUUCCAUUCCCCACUAUCACUGAAAUUACUACCGAAGACCCGACUACUCCCAUCGUAACUGUUCCAUUCCCCACUGUCACCGAAAUUACUACUGAAGACCCGACUACUCCCAUUGUAACUGUUCCAUUCCCCACUGUCACCGAAAUUACCACUGAAGAACCGACUACUCCCAUCGUGACCGUUCCAUUCCCCACUGUCACCGAAAUUACUACUAAAGACCCGACUACUCCCAUUGUAACUGUUCCAUUCCCCACUGUCACCGAAAUUACUGAAAUUAAUACUGAAGACCCGACUACUCCCAUCGUAACUGUUCCAUUCCCCACUGUCACCGAAAUUACUACUGAAGACCCCACUACUCCCAUUGUAACUGUUCCAUUCCCCACUGUCACCGAAAUUACUACUGAAGACCCGACUACUCCCAUCGUAACCGUUCCAUUUCCCACUGUCACCGAAAUUACUACUGAAGACCCGACUACUCCCAUCGUAACCGUUCCAUUUCCCACUGUCACCGAAAUAACUACUGAAGACCCGACUACUCCCAUCAUAACUGUUCCAUUCCCCACUGUCACUGAAAUUACCACUGAAGACCCGACUACUCCCAUCGUAACUGUUCCAUUCCCCACUGUCACCGAAAUUACCACUGAAGAACCGACUACUCCCAUCGUGACCGUUCCAUUCCCCACUGUCACCGAAAUUACUACUAAAGACCCGACUACUCCCAUCGUAACUAUUCCAUUCCCCACUGUCACCGAAAUUACUACUGAAGACCCGACUACUGCCAUCGUAACUAUUCCAUUCCCCACUGUCACCGAAAUUACUACUGAAGACCCGACUACUCCCAUCGUGACUGUUCCAUUUCCCACUAUCACUGAAAUUACUACUGAAGACCCGACUACUCCCAUCGUAACCGUUCCAUUCCCCACUAUCACUGAAAUUACUACCGAAGACCCGACUACUCCCAUCGUAACUGUUCCAUUCCCCACUGUCACCGAAAUUACUACUGAAGACCCGACUACUCCCAUUGUAACUGUUCCAUUCCCCACUGUCACCGAAAUUACCACUGAAGAACCGACUACUCCCAUCGUGACCGUUCCAUUCCCCACUGUCACCGAAAUUACUACUAAAGACCCGACUACUCCCAUUGUAACUGUUCCAUUCCCCACUGUCACCGAAAUUACUGAAAUUAAUACUGAAGACCCGACUACUCCCAUCGUAACUGUUCCAUUCCCCACUGUCACCGAAAUUACUACUGAAGACCCCACUACUCCCAUUGUAACUGUUCCAUUCCCCACUGUCACCGAAAUUACUACUGAAGACCCGACUACUCCCAUCGUAACCGUUCCAUUUCCCACUGUCACCGAAAUUACUACUGAAGACCCGACUACUCCCAUCGUAACCGUUCCAUUUCCCACUGUCACCGAAAUAACUACUGAAGACCCGACUACUCCCAUCAUAACUGUUCCAUUCCCCACUGUCACUGAAAUUACCACUGAAGACCCGACUACUCCCAUCGUAACUGUUCCAUUCCCCACUGUCACCGAAAUUACCACUGAAGAACCGACUACUCCCAUCGUGACCGUUCCAUUCCCCACUGUCACCGAAAUUACUACUAAAGACCCGACUACUCCCAUCGUAACUAUUCCAUUCCCCACUGUCACCGAAAUUACUACUGAAGACCCGACUACUGCCAUCGUAACUAUUCCAUUCCCCACUGUCACCGAAAUUACUACUGAAGACCCGACUACUCCCAUCGUGACUGUUCCAUUUCCCACUAUCACUGAAAUUACUACUGAAGACCCGACUACUCCCAUCGUAACUGUUCCAUUCCCCACUGUCACCGAAAUUACCACUGAAGAACCGACUACUCCCAUCGUGACCGUUCCAUUCCCCACUGUCACCGAAAUUACUACUGAAGACCCGACUACUCCCAUCGUAACUGUUCCAUUCCCCACUGUCACCGAAAUUACCACUGAAGACCCGACUACUCCCAUCGUAACUGUUCCAUUCCCCACUGUCACCGAAAUUACUACUGAAGACCCGACUACUCCCAUCGUAACCGUUCCAUUCCCCACUGUCGCCGAAAUUACCACUGGACAUCCAACGACCGAAAAUAUGGACGUUACCACUCCUGCAGACGAUUUAAAAGAAUUGGAAGGCUUAAGUUUAUUUAUAAUAGUAAUUAUCUCAUUAGCAUCAGUUUUUACUGUUAUUUUGAUAGGGUUGGGCAUUUAUUGUUUCUCAACCUCUGGCAAAUCUCUAGAGUUACAAACAUUUUCGUAUAAAGAGGGUAACUUUGAUAAUGAUUCCCCUAGAUUUGUAUCGACGCCAAAAAUAAGUGGAAGUGCAUUGAAUGUGUAAAAUACUAGAGUGUAAUCUUAUUAGUUUAAUUUGUUUUUGUAUUGCUUAGAUGGGUAGACGAGCUCACAGCCCACCUGGUGUUAAGUGUUUACUGGAGCCUGUAGACAUCUACAAAGCACCACCCACCUUGAGAUAUAAGUUCUAAGAUCUCAAGCAUAGUUACAUUUAUAUUUAAAUUGAAAUGCCUAACAAUAUUAUUAGGGAAAUACAUGUACUUGCUUAAUUUUUGAAUAUUUAUAUAAAUAUAAAGAAAAUAUAAAGUACCUAAAUGGUACAACCCUAUAAAUGACUGGUCGAAUUUCGAAAAUAUCUUAAAGUUUAUCUGUACCUAAUAAGUAAAUGAUUUUUUUUAAAUGUGUAUCUCUAUUUUCUGUCUGCUAAUAAGAUACAUAUAAAAUAUGUAAUAUUAAUAUUACUAGUUCGAAAAAGAAAAUAGUUCGUGGGUUAUUGUUUGCGAUUGAGUUUUAAAGGUUCUACGAGCCUCCUCCGACUGUCAACAUUUCUGACUCUAGGCAGAAGAUACACAUAAUAUGCAUUUCCAAAUUCUCGCCUGUUUUUGUUAUUAUUAAACACAUUGUAUUUUCACUAAAUAAUGCUGCACAAAUAGAAAUAAUUAUGUAUCUAAUGAUUUAGAAUUAAGAUCACGACAUUGGACGAUGUGAUAUUCAAUUAAUGUAAUUCUAAGUACGUCUAAGUAGUAAUGUAAUGAAAUUUGUUCUUGUACAACGGUGAUCACUCACCAUCAGGUAUACUCGCCUUUCGAAAGCAAUAAAAAAGGCAUAACGUGAUUUUAAGAUUUAAGUCUAUUAAUUUAUUAGACGACAUUUAUUAGGCAAAUUAGAAGACUUUUACUACAAGUAGUAAAAGUAGUAGGCAAGCCUAAAACUAACUAUUAAAAUUAUAUUUGACUAAGUUAGUCACUUAGUUUAAUCAUUUUUUAUUUAAUUUCAUCAAAUCACACAUCAUCACAUUUUCAUCAAAUUUCAUUUCUUUUUUUUUUAACGCCCUUGUUGCCCUUCAUCAACUAAAAAUGCAGACAGUGAUUCUAGGUCACCGUUUUCCAUGAAAUUUAGCUUUGCCAGGAACAACCAGGCUGCCAUAAAUAAAAUAGUUUCCGUCUUUUCAUUUGAAAUAUAAUCGUUUUGGUGUUCCAGAAAUACUCAUAACGGUACUUCAGAAUUUUGACUUAAAUAGAAAAGACGAUAUAAAACUGGCAACCUUAAUCUAUGGACAAGUGAUUUAAUAUUAAGUUAGAAUAAGUAUUUCAAAAAACUUAAAAUUUGUAGAUAAAUCAGAUGCCCAUCAGAACAUAUUUACUAUUGGUUUAGUUAUUUUUAGUAUUAUAGUUUAAUUUAAUUCUUAAAUUAAGUACAAUGUGUAUUUUAAAUUUAGUAACUCACACAGCACAUUAACAUUCACAUGAGUUAUGUCUUGUGUGUAUUUCUAGUCAACAGUGUUUUUUAAAUACAUUUAAGAUUUAAUGUA